AUGAGAAACUUAAGAAAUGGCACUCAUCAAAAUAUUCAUCAAACUCUGGUUUCUAAAUCUAAAAGUCCUUCUUCACAAGGAUUUGAAGAUCCUAGUGGUAGUCUUAUGAUUGGUUUUUCUACUUUAAUGAUGGAACUUAGAGAAUGCCAAGAUAUUACUCAACUUGACGCUGUAACUCUCCUUAGUCCAUUCUUGGCUGUUAUUCGAUCUAGUGAAACAACUGGACCAAUCACCGCCAUCGCUUUAUCUUCAAUUGACAAAUUCUUAACAUACUCUUUAAUUCAUCUCAAUUCUCCUUCACUAGCAUUAGCCAUGUCACAAGUUAGUUCAGCAGGUACUCAUUGUCGUUUUGAAGCUAGUGAUAGUGUUGGUGAUGAAGUAGUUCUUUUGAAAAUCUUGGAUGUCCUUCGGAAUGCUCUUACUGGUCCAGUAGGUCAUAUUUUGACUGAUGAAGCGGUUUGUGAGAUGAUGGAAACUGGGCUUAGUAUGUGUUGUCAAAUGAGACUAAGUGAGGUACUACGUCGUUCGGCUGAAAGGACUAUGCAAACCAUGGUCACCUCUGUUUUUCAGCGUUUAAAAACUCUACCUCCAUCUGUGGAUGAUACAUAUGUUUCUUCCGAUGAUGGUACAACUGAAGAUGAUGCAGUGAAAGAUGGAUUAAGGAUGACAGCACCUGACCCACGUAGUGGUUCUAUUCCAGCUGCCUCUGAUUCACUUAACAAGGAACGCGAUCAUGCAAGGGCAAAGUCAAAUCCUCCUGAUAUGGUGUCGAAUGAAAAUGGAGAGACUCCAGAUCCACCUCUUGAUACUGAAAGCGCUGAAAAAGAUCCAUUAUUAGAGUCUGAAAAGGAGCCUGUUCAAGAGCCCGAAAUAGAUGAAGAGACGAUGAUCUUAGACCUUUCGCCUUACGGAUUACCUUCGAUCAAAGAAUUAAUGAGAGUUUUGAUUUCAUUACUUAACCCUUAUGAUACUCAACAUACAGAUUCGAUGCGUCUUACAGCUCUUAGUAUCUUAAUCACAGCUUUUGAAGUUUCUGGACGAAGUGUGAGUAGGUUUCCAAGCCUACGCGCAAUGGUAUCAGAUGAUCUUUGCAAGCAUUUAUUUCAGCUUGUUCGAUCGGAUAAUACUACUCUCUUAUCUGCAUCAUUACGUUGUAUGACCAAUCUCAUGGACACCAUGCGACCUUACCUCAAAAUCCAUCUCGAGCUCUUUCUAUCAUAUCUUAUGGAUCGAUUAAGACCACAACCUACGUUGACCAUCAGUAAACUUGCACAUGCGAAUGGUGGAAAGGGAGAUAUCGAAGAACAGUUGGAUGGGAUCACUUGGAAACGAGAAAAUGGCGAUAACGCACUUGCUACAAGACCAGGAAGCUCUGGAGUAGGAACAACACGAAGUCAAGCUAUGGCUCCUCGACCAGGAGUUGUAGCCACGGGUGAAGCACGUCAACUUAUGCUCGAACAUUUGGCACAUCUUGCACGUGCUUCUGAUUUUAUGGUCAAUCUUUGGGUGAACUUUGAUUGUCAUGUCGAUUGUGAGGACGUGUUUGAACGAAUGAUCCGAUUCCUAGCUAGGGGCUUCUAUCCCCUUAAUCCAGCUUACAUGAACGCACAAGACACAUCCCAAUUACUCUGUCUAGAUACACUUUUAGCUCACGUUGGACAUAUGAGUAGUAGAUUAGAAUCAUCACCAUUACCAUCAGUAGAUGUACCAGCACCAGUUUUAUUAGCAAGAGAUAAGAGUGAAAAGCGAGCAAUGUUAGAAGGAGCCGCCAAAUUUAAUGAAAAACCAAAAGUAGGAUUAAAAUUCUUAGAAGAGAAUCAAAUUAUUUAUGACGAUCCUUCUGUACCUAGACCUCAAAGUUUAGCUUUAUUUUUUAAAACUUGUCCUAAAUUAGAUAAAAAAUUAUUGGGUGAUUUCAUUUCUAGACCUGAGAAUUUAGAAGUUUUACAAGCUUUUAUGACUUUAUUUGAUUUUAGAGGUAAAUUAAUUUCGGAUUGUUUGAGAGACCUACUCGAGACAUUUCGAUUACCUGGAGAGUCUCAGCAGAUCGCAAGAAUUACUGAAGUCUUUGCAGCUGUGUAUGUUGCGGCUGGGGCAACGGAAGUCAAGACUGAGGAUGCAGCUUAUGUUUUAUCUUACUCGGUGAUUAUGUUAAAUACUGAUCAACACAACCCUCAGAACAGAAAAAAAAUGACCAUCGAGGAUUACAAGCGCAAUCUGAGGGGGGUGAAUGAUGGACAAGACUUCAAUCCAGAUUACUUGAAAGCUAUAUUUGAUUCAAUUCGUAAACGAGAAAUCAUCAUGCCAGAAGAGCAUUCAGGUCAAUUGGGGUUUGAAUAUGCCUGGAAAGAGCUUCAGCGUCGUUCAAGGGUAGCAGGUCCUUUUAUCACAUGUAAUACAUCGAUUUUCGAUAAAGCAAUGUUCGAAGUUUCUUGGAGACCAGUCAUAUCUGCAUUUUCGUAUGCUUUUACCAAUUUCAACGAUGAUCACAUGCUCCAAAGAAUUGUGGCUGGGUUUCAACAAUGUGCUACACUGGCCAGUCGAUUCAAUUUACCUGAAGUAUUUGAUCAAGUUGUCUUGGCUCUAGCACGGAUUACAGAUCUCACUCAACUUCCUUCAGCGGACACAAACUUUCCGACUGUAUCUGCCGAAGGUCAAAUGUUAACUAUCAGUCCACUUUCGAUUCGAUUUGGUAAAAAUUUCAAAGCACAACUUGCUACAGUGGUUCUGUUUACGAUUGCAAACUCUGAUGGAAGUACAAUGAGACAAGGAUGGCUUUGUAUCUUUGAAAUCUUACAAAGCUUAUUUGCUCACUCUAUCUUACCCUCUGCGCUCCUCGCCCUUCCUGAUUUUUCGGAUGUGGGAACCAUUGCACUACACCCUCCUAAAAGCCCUUCUCUUGCACCUGAACGACGAGCAGAUGCAGGACUACUUUCUACAUUGUCCUCAUAUCUUCUAUCGCCUUAUGUUGGUCCUCAAGACGGUAUCGGCCGAGAUAUCACUGAUGAUGACAUCGAGUCUACACUCUGUGCCAUUGACUGUUUGGCUUCGUGUCAUGUCGCUGAACUUUAUGAAGGAAUCUUCAAUCUUCAUAUCGAUAUCCAGGAGACUAUCAUACGUACACUUGUCGGAUUGGCGGAUCAACGUAUCUCAAAGUCCACUCGAGGUCGACUGGGACAACCUGAUCGAAACUCGCCACCUCCAUCCCCUCAAACGCACCGUACUGCUCAGCAUUAUGACCCUUGUUCUCUCUUUCUACUAGAGUUGAUUGUGGCCAUUGCUGCACAUAAUCCCGAUUCACUUUCUCGACUCUGGGGUGCAGUGUUUGAGUACCUUUCGAAAAUCCUGGCUAAUUCGACAGCUUUCAGUCCACUCUUGGUCGAACGAGCCAUUGCAGGCCUUUUAAGAUUACAAUCUCUUGCAAUCCAACAGGCAGUACUACGAGAUCAAUUCUUUCUUGCCUUGGAUGUCUUCCGAUCACUUCCUCAAUCUAUUCUUGCGUCCGUUGCACAGCCCAUGGUCACUGGUGUUUGUCAAAUUGCAUCGGCUCAUCCACACGCAUUCCGGACAUCGACCCAAUGGAACAUGUUGUUCUCAAUUUUCAUCGCAACAGCUGGUAUUGAGGAAGCCGCACGAGAAUCAUUCGCAGUCUUGAAGCAGUUAUCUCAAGGUGAAUUGGCACCUGGAAUUGUAGCGGAUAACUUUGCACCAUUUGUACAUGCUCUGAACGCUUUUGCUAGUGUAUGUGGGCAAGAAGUGUCUAGACCACAUCCUGGAAAUCCAAAGUCGGAAGAUUCUGUCACGGCACGUGCACUUGAAUCGAUCGAUAUGAUACGUAAUGCUCAAGACCUUAUACCAAGAAUGUUAGCACAAGCACAAUCCGAUCCAUCCAAACCAUGGGCAUCAUUUUGGAUGCCAGUUUUAUUAGCAUAUGGACAACAAUCUAUUAAUGGAAAUCGAGAACUUAGACAAUUAGCGUUAGGGAAUUUACAAAGAUCAUUAGUAGCACCUGAGAUUCUAUCGAGUGGAAAGAUAGAUUUCACCAUCAUUUUUGAAAGAGUUUUGUUUCCGGUAUUAGAAGAAUUAUUAAAACCUCAAGUGUUUAGGAAAGAUCCAGAUGGGAUGAGUGAAACCAGAUUAAGAGCAUCUGGUUUACUUUGUAAAAUCUUUUUACAUUAUUUAAUUCAAUUAAGUGAACAAGGAAUGGGUAGAAUGACUGAACUAUGGUUACAGAUCUUAGGGUUUUUAGAUCGAUUUAUGCAUAGUGGUAGAAGAGAUCAAAUGUACGAAGCUGUACCUGAAAAUUUAAAAAAUGUUUUAUUGGUAAUGCAUGCAUCAGGAUUUUUAGUACCACCACAUGAAAAUCCUACGAUUGAACAAAGUCACCUUUGGAAUGCAACCUUUGAAAGGAUUGAUCCAGUACUUAAUACACUUAAAUCAGAUCUUUUUCCAACUCAAUCAAUUCCUAGCUCACUUCAACAAUCAAUACCAACAUCAUUAAAUGAGAAAGAAGAAGUUGUUAAUGAUGAUAGUGAAAAUCAAGAAAAGGAUUCGGAAGUGGUGGAUGAAAGUGGUGCUGGACCUUCUGAACCUGUUACCGAAUGA